UAUUCCUAAAGGCGAACGGUCACUUUUUUGCGAAUUUGAUUCAUUUCAACAUUUUUUUUUUAAAUAUUUGUUUCAAAUGUCAAAAUGGUGUAGUUCUGUGCGUUAAGGUUGCAGACAUAAUUACAAGCAUUUGUGGAGCGACAGGAACAAGAAUAAACGUGCAGUCAAGGAAAAACACACAACCAAAGCCAACUCGGGUAAGGGUGACGGUGAAGAAAAGACGAGAAGGGAGGCAAAGCGGCAGCAGCAGCAGCAGCAAUAGGAGAAAAAGAAGUAGAGAGGUCUAACAAAAGAGAGUAAAGUCGUCGUCAUCAUAAACAGCGUCGUCGCUGUCGUUUGUUGUUGUCGUCGUCGUCGUCUUCAUCGCCAUCAUUAUUAUGGAGAGCCCUUGUGAGUCGGAAAGUUCAUUGGAUGGCGGUUCAAUGCUGCCACCCAGCCCAGUGUCCCGGGAGCAGCUUCAAAAGCGCAUCGAAUCGCUGACACAACAAAACAAAGUACUCAAAGCUGAAUUGGACACAUUUAAAACCAAAUGCAAAGUGGUCCAGGAGGAGAAUCGUUGCCUAAAACAGGCUUCUGUUAUAAUUCAAGCGAAGGCCGAGCAGGAGGAAGAAUAUAUAUCAAAUACAUUGCUCAAGAAAAUUCAAGCCUUGAAGAAGGAAAAAGAAACACUAGCCCAUCAUUAUGAACGCGAAGAGGAGUGUCUAACCAAUGAUUUGUCCCGUAAGCUGGAUCAACUGCGCCAGGAGAAAUGUAAACUGGAACAGACACUGGAACAGGAGCAGGAAUGUCUUGUCAACAAGCUAAUGCGCAAGAUAGAGAAACUACAGGCUGAAACGGAUAACAAGCAAACAAAUUUAGAGCAGCUGCGUCGCGAAAUGGUUGAGCUGGAGAAUACGCUAGAACAGGAACAGGAGGCUUUGGUCAAUAAGCUAUGGAAGCGCAUGGAUAAAUUGGAAACCGAGAAGCGUUCACUUCAAAUCAAACUCGACCAGCCUGUUUCUGAUCCGACAACACCACGUGAUAUAACCAUCAAUGCCAAUGGUGGCGAUACUGCCACCCAUUUGACUUCGCACAUCCAAACGCUGCGCUCUGAAGUGUUGCGCUUGCGUUCCAAUCUUGCUGCCGCCCAAAAGGAGACCACCAUUAAAAUGCAACAAUUUGCCCAAGAGGAGAAGUCCAUUCGCGAGGAAAAUGCUCGUUUACAGCGCAAACUCAAACAGGAGGUAGAGCGUCGCGAGGCCUUGUGCCGCCAUCUCUCCGAAUCGGAAUCGUCCCUCGAAAUGGAUGAAGAACGUUUCUACAAUGAGAAUCUAUUAAGUGGUCCUGGUGGAUCAGUUAAUGCCCAGCGGCAACGCACCAUAAGCAGUCCCGUCUCGCAUAGUCCAUCGAGCAGCCGACCCUUGAGUCCAGGCACAGCUGGUCAAAAUCGUUGCCAUGCCUGCGGGCAAUUUGUGAAUCGUCGUGCCAGCGAACGCUUUAUAAAGCCAGCACUGCCAACACCAAUAAUGUUGGGUCUGAACACUUCCGCACCAAAUGUGCUAACCUCAACCAAUCCAUUGCUGGCCAGUGGAGCCAAUAGCAUCUAUGGCUCUAAUACGGGAGCGACACCAUCAGCAGGUUUCUUAGCCAGUUUGAAUAGCGAACGUCUGAGCUUGGGUUCAGUUGGCAUGGGUGGAGCAACAGCCGGCGGCAGUGGUGGCAGUGCCACUUUUUUGGCUGGUGGUAUGCUCUCCAUGAACAACCAACAGCAGCAGCAGCAUCAUCUUAACCAGCUUACCGGCGGCACAUCGAGUGCCUCAUCGUCAUCGUCCAAUUUGAUGAACAUUAGCUUGAACAAUACGUCCAGCGGCAAUUUGGUCAAUAGCAGCAGCAAUUCCUCCUUAUCGGCCUUCACGCCCACCAAUCAGCCCACAGCAGCUGCUACGGCUUUCAUCCAGCCAGCCAGUCCCAUGGAUACAUCCUCUUGCAAGGAUUAGAAUUAAAAUCGCUUCAGAAUUUAAAGGCGGAAAAGCAUAAAUACAACAACAUGAGGAUUAGGAGUUUAUUGUGGAGAAGCAGUCAGUUUAAUAUAUGCAUAUAUAUAUAUAUAUCAUGAUUUUUCACACCCACAUACUCACACCC